UGCUAUACGUGCUGUAUGUUGCACACCUGAGUAAACUCUAAAACACUUCAGACAUCUCUCUUAAACCGCUACACAGUCUCCUGUGGUUAAUCCCAGUAAAUACUAGAGAAAAAUCUGAGGACACGCCCACACUAUUUUACACAGACAUGGAUAUGGCUUCCUCCAGCAUUCUACUUUCUGAAGACCAUUUCCUGUGCUCUAUCUGUCUGGAUGUGUUCACUGAGCCAGUCACCACUUCAUGUGGACACAGCUUCUGCAUCACAUGUCUCACAAAGUACUGGGAUAGCAGGGACCUGUACCAAUGUCCACUGUGUAAGGAGACGCUCUACAGACAACCUGAGCUUCGUGUCAACACAAUGUUAAGAGAGGUUGUAGAGAAUUUUAAAAAGAUGAGAGACAGAGGUAAAGAUGAGUCCCCUCCUAAACUCGGAAAAGUGCCUUGUGACGUCUGCACUGGGACGAAGCUCAGUGCCAUGAAGUCCUGCCUGCUCUGUCUAACCUCUUACUGUGAGACUCACCUGGAGCCUCAUCAGAUUGCCCCAGCCUUAAAGAGACACAAACUGAUCAACCCUGUGGAGAACCUGGAAGACAGGAUCUGUAAAAAGCAUAACAGACUCCUGGAGCUGUUCUGUAGGACUGACCAGACUUGUGUGUGUCAGUUCUGCACUGAGGCAGACCACAAGACUCAUGACACUGUCCCUAUAGAGGAAGCGUUUGGAGAGAGGAAGGCUCACUUGGAGAAAACUGAGGCAGAAAUGCAGCAGAUUAUCCAGGAGCGACUAGAGAAGGCUAAAGAGAUCAAAGUCUUAGUAGAUCUCAGCAAGAGAGAUGCAGAGAGAGAGAUAGCAGACAGCAUACAGGUCUUCACUGCUCUGGUGCGCUCCAUUGAGAAAAGCCAGGAUGAGCUGAUUGAGGUGAUUGAGGAGAAGCAGAAAGCAGUAGAGAGGCAGGCUGAAUGGCUCAUUAAAGAUCUGGAGCAGGAAAUCACUGAGCUAAAGAGGAGAAGCACUGAUCUGAAGCAGCUCUCACACACUGAGGACCACCUCCAACUUCUCCAGAACUACCCAUCACUAGUGUACAAACAUCCACCCACCAAGAACAUGUCUGAGAUCAGUGUUCACAGUGAUCUGUGUGUGGGGACUGUGAGGAGAGCAGUGUCUCAGCUGGAAGAGACACUGAAUAAAGAGAUGGAGAAGCUGCCUGAGGUCAAACUGAAGAGGAUUCAGCAGUAUGCAGUGGAUGUGACUCUGGACCCUGAUACAGCACAUCACAAACUCCUCCUGUCUGAAGAUGGGAAACAAGUAAGACGUGGAGACAUACCACAGAAUCUUCCUGACAAUCCAAAAAGGUUUGAUCUUUUUGCCAUUGUCCUUGGAAAGGAUGGCUUCUCCUCAGGGAGAUUUUACUAUGAGGUGACUGUUAACGGUAAGACUAGGUGGACAUUAGGAGUGGCCAGAGAGUCCAUAAACAGGAAGGGGUCUGUAUCACCUAGCCCUGAAUAUGGACUCUGGACUGUGGUCUUAAUGGAUGGGAAUCAAUACACAGCCUGUGCCUCCCCCCACGUCAUCCUCUCCCUGAGAGAGAAGCCCCAGAAGGUGGGGGUGUUUGUGGACUAUGAGGAGGGUCAGGUCUCCUUUUAUGAUGUGGAGGCCAGGUCUCAUAUCUACUCUUUCACUGGCUGCACCUUUAAAGAUAAACUCUUUCCCUUCUUCAUCCCCAGUAAUAAUGAUGAUGGAAAAAACUCAGCUCCUCUCAUCAUCUCUCCUGUCAAUCACAUAGGCUGAUAUAAAAAUGGAGAGAGAGUCAUUUUUCGGUUAUUGCCCUAAAUUGACAUUUGUGUUGAAAAAUGUUUUGAGCUUGUAAUGUACCAUAAUGCAUCUUUGAACAUUUAUACAAAGGUAUACUUAAUGAAUACAACACAGCUUUGGUGUCACCCUGUCUCAAAAACAGAUGGUUUUCACCGCUUGGAACUAUUGGAAAUGAAGCUUUUCCUCCUGACUGUGCAUGUAGUUGAAUGUGAGAAAGUACUUGCCUUUGAGCUGGUUUUUGGUUUGUGACAGUGAAUGUAAUAGAGGACGUCCUUUUCCUUUGAGCUGGUUGUGGAUGUAGGUGAGGAUGAGGCCAGGGAUCUCCACCAGGGGGAUGAUGAAGGAGCCUUUGGCCACGUUGCCCAGGUUUUAGUGGGACAGUUGCAUCAUAGAGGAUGGGGUCAGGGCCAGCUGAGAUGUAUUCCUGAUGUCCACCACAGGGUACAGGUAAAGAGGAGUUUGAAAUAGUAUAAGUGGUACACUACACACCUGGGUUCAAAUAGUAUUUGCUUUCUUUGAGCCGGUAUGGAGUGCCAGAUGGGCAGGGUCUGUACUUUAGGGACUAUUCCAUUGGUUCAACCACAUCAGGCGAGAUCAAUGAAGUCCACUGCAUAAACAUGUUAUACAACAUAUUCUGGGUUGAACUCUGCUUUCAUUUAUGAAUAAAUAUACACUUCUAGGCAAUUCCUUUUUUUACAGAGUAUUACAAACUCAAGCCAUCAUUUUGGGAUUGUCAGUUAAUGAUCAUCCAUUGCCUUUGACAUAAGACAAACCAAGCACUUGUAGGACCUGCAUUUAAUAUGUUCAACUACUAUAAAAAUGUCAUCAUCAGAGUAAAUGCCUCUCUAUUUGAUCCACUGUAGUAAUGAGUAAAAUGAUCCUGUUAAACCUAUUGCACAUGGAUUCAAGAAAACUUCUGCAAUACCUUUGGUUUCUGUCUUCAGGUUUGGUUUUUCAAGUAAAAGUCCUUCAUCCAUGAGUCUACAACAAUAAACAAAUGGAGUGUUAAUCUUUA